UGGCGCAGAAGUAUAAAUUGCACUUUAGAAGUCCGGCCCAGAUUGCCACAAAGAUUUCUUUGUUCUUUUCAAGCCACUCACGCAAAGCGCUGCGACUUCGGUUUUUGCUUUAUUUAUUCUUUUCUUUUCUUUUGUUUGUUAAAAGUUAUCAGACCGUUUCAGGCGCGCUACUUUGAAUUCAAGAACGACCAAGUUCGUUUAAGCUAUAUUGUAGUCGAGUGAACUUAUACUGCUCCCACCAAAGUUCGGACCUAGCCACGUGCGUCUGUCACACCAGCAGUAACCCAAAGGACAUCAAAACCACAACUAAACCCAGCUCACAGCCUACCACUGCAAGUUUUCUUCAAACCAAGCCAAUUGAGGGCGGACCUCUGGAGAAAUUCCCUGGCAGAGAAAGUGACCGGCAGAUGGUGUUAAGCCGUCUCGACCGAGAACGCACGAAGUUCAGCCAGCGUGAGGCCGGCCCGAACACCAACCGGCUGGAGAAACAACAAGCAGUGGGUGUUUGUCAAUGAGAAGGCCUACCAGGUGAGAGACACAGCUAUUGAAUCCUCAGUGAUGACCAAAGUCAAAGGUUUGGGAAUCUAUAACGACAAGGUCAUGGAUGUUGCAGACUACGUCACUCCUACACAGGGAGCUUCAGUCUUUUGCAUCAUCACCAAAAUGAUCACUACAGAGAACCAAGUCCAAGGAUACUGCCCAGAGAGUGAGAAAAAGUAUAAUUGUGCCAAAGAAAGUGACUGCACAAAGCACCUCAACAAGCCAGGAAGUUAUGGAAUUCUUACAGGGAAAUGUGUUCCUUUCAACACCACAGUCAACAGAUGUGAGAUAAAAGGAUGGUGUCCUGCCGAAAUCGACACCAUCAAGACUACGCCAAUGAUGGAAGUUGAGAAUUUUACCAUUUUCAUUAAGAAUAGCAUCCGCUUCCCAACCUUCAACUACACCAAAGGAAACUUCCUUCCUACCAUCACUGAUGAUUACAUCAAAAAAUGUAACUUUGACAUGGUCAACAACACCUACUGCCCCAUCUUCAGAGUGGGAGAUGUCGUCCGCUACGCACAGCAGAACUUCACUAAACUGGCAGACAAGGGAGGAGUGAUUGGAAUAAAGAUCGGCUGGAUAUGUGAUCUGGACAAGUCAGAUGACCAGUGUAACCCUUCAUACUCAUUCACCCGACUGGAUGCCAUGUCACAGAAGAAUGAUGUCUCACCUGGCUACAAUUUCAGGUUUGCCAAAUAUUAUAAGAUGGAUAAUGGGACGGACUACCGCACUCUGGUCAAAGCCUAUGCUAUUAGGUUUGAUGUUCUGGUCAAUGGAAAUGCAGGGAAGUUCAACAUGAUCCCUACGCUCAUUAACAUGGUGGCAGCCUUCACAUCAGUGGGAGUGGGCACAGUGCUGUGUGACAUCAUACUGCUGAACUUCCUGAAAGGAGCAGAGCAAUACAAGGCCAAGAAAUUUGAAGAGGUGUCAGACAGCCCGCUGGGUACCCAAAGCCAUGGGCUGUACUGCUCCCAGUUGUCACUCAGACAUAACGAGACCAUCAUGAGGUCCACUGACUCAGGGGCAUUUUCAAUUGAUCAUUACAGCUGAAUGGACAGAAGCUACAGCCAAUGGUCAGGGAGCAGUAGACUGAGGACGACAGAUGUGGGUUGGGUUUCUCUAAAAAUUGGCCAGCAUGGUAGCCCAGUGGACAGCACUGUGGCCUCACAGCAAGAAGGUUCAGAACUUGGUCAGCCCAGCCCUUUCUGUGUGGAGUUUGCAUGUUCAAGUCCCUUUCAUUUCAAACUGUGGAUUGUCUAUUGCUUGCACUUCUAGUUUUGUAAUUGUUUCCAUUAUGCUAUGCAGUGCUGUAAAAUAUACUCGUUUUUUUUUUUAUGCAUCACAAUGACAUGCUCUGUCAACAAAUUAAAGUGUACAGUAAAAGCGUAA